AUCUUUAAAAAACCCUCUACUUAAAUGCAUCUAGGGUUUUAUCUUUUCGACUCUUCCUUCUUACAUUUCUAAUUCAACCUUAUCAAACCACAAGCUCUCUUCUUCUCUGUAUUUUAAAAAAUGUCCACUGCUAACCUAACUGCAUCAUCAAUUGCGGUUCCUGCUAGGGGUUUAGCUUCAUUUGAAGGUUUAAGACCCUCCUCUGUCAAGUUCUCUUCUGUUGGAACCACUCUCUGUCAACGCUCCUUUCGCUCUUUCGUCGUGAAAGCAGCCACGGCGGUUGCUCCCAAGUACACUUCGCUUAAACCCUUGGGUGAUAGAGUGUUGGUCAAAAUAAAGACGGUAGAGGACAAAACCGAUGGUGGUAUUUUGCUACCAACAUCAGCUCAGUCAAAGCCUCAAUCAGGUGAGGUGGUAGCUGUUGGCGAGGGGAAGUCCAUUGGGAAAAACAAAGUGGACAUUAGCGUGAAGACUGGGACCCAAGUUGUCUAUUCCAAGUAUGCAGGAACUGAGGUGGAGUUCAGUGGUUCAAACCAUCUCAUUCUGAAGGAGGAUGACAUAGUUGGCAUUCUUGAGACAGAUGAUAUCAAGGAUCUUAAGCCUUUGAAUGAUAGGGUAUUCAUAAAGAUUGCUGAGGCUGAGGAGAAAACUGCUGGAGGUCUGUUGCUAACUGAGGCAACCAAGGAGAAACCUUCCAUUGGCACGGUAGUUGCCGUUGGACCUGGUCCUCUAGAUGAGGAAGGCAACAGAAAAGCACUACCCAUCGCACCAGGGAACACAGUGUUGUUCUCCAAGUAUGCUGGGAACGACUUCAAGGGCAACGAUGGUACCAACUUCAUUGCUCUAAGAGCAUCCGAUGUGAUGGCUGUGCUCUCUUAGUUGUUUGUCUAGGCGAAUUUUAUUAUGUAUUACUGAAUUUUUCUGGAUGAGUUGCUUCAAGGCAAACGGAUUUUGAAUGCAAUCUUGCUUUGAGUAUAAUGGAUUGCAGCUUUGUCUUUCUUUGCUAGGAUUUUAUGUUGUCCUUUGGGUUACAAUUUAAUGGAAUACCUGAAUUGUGUUUGAAGAUAGAUAUGGAUCAAACUUUUAGA